AUGAGUAGCAACCCGCCGAGUCCGUCCGCGUUCGCCGUGCGGGUGGUCCUCUCGCACCGCGUGCGCAACGCCGAAGGCGGCUGGCAUUGGCAGCCGGUCGCAGCCCAGGACCAGAUCAGAGUGACGAAGAACCGAGGCAAGGUGCUGCGGUUCUCCGUCGACGCGCUGCUGCCCUACCGGCCGACCGACGUCCAGGUCUACCUGGCCGACUACGAGGACACCGCGCCCGCGGGCGCCGUCGCCGUCGCCUCCCUGCCCGGCGUGCGUCUGAGCAAGGACGGCCUCUCCCUCCAGUCCAUCUCCGAACCCGUCAAAGCCAUCCCUGACCAACUGCCGGAGACGGCGAGCUACAUGAGCGAGGUGAUCGCCAAGCUCACCAAGAUCUCGCGGCAGCUCCAGACCCACAACACGGGCAAGAAGACGAGCAAGGGCGAGUGGGAGCUCAACCCCGCCCCGCCGCCCCACCAGCUCAAGCCGCUCCUGCCCCACCAGGCCACGCCGGCGGCGUCGUUCCAGUCGCACCAGCCGCCGCCGCCGCAGCAGCCCCAGCAGUCGUACCACCAGCACGCGGUCGGCAACACAUCGCCGACGGGCCACGUCUCGGGCGCGCAGGGCCGCUCGCCGUCGAGCUCGUCGCCGUCGUACUCGUCGCACUCGUCGCCCGACUACCAGUCGCCGGCCGGCGCCACCACCUCGCCUCCGCCCAAUCCGCAGCAACCGGCGCAGCAGCAGCAGCACCGCUACAACUACCACUACAGCCAGCACCCGCAGCCCGCGCACCCGACUGCGCAACCGCAGCAGCAGCAGCAAUCAUCGUUCAUCCCGGUCGCCCAGUACCUCCAGCAGCAACAGCAAAAGCAGCAGCAGCAGCAGCAGCACACGGCGCCGGGCCUGCAGCGACAGCAGAUGUGGCACCAGUACCAGUACAACCAGCAGCAGAACGAGCUGCAGAAGCAGCAGGAUAUCUCCCUGUGGACCACCAGCGGGGCGGCUGCGCUGCAGCGCCAACCGCAGCAGCAGCAGCAGCAGCAGCAGCAGCAGCAGCAGCAGCAGCACUUCAAGUUUCACCAGAGCGCCGCCGCCACGCCGGUCAUCCAGGCCUUCCAGCAGUCCAGCGCCGAGCCAUCGCGCGUGGUGCUCCACCGCCAGCCAUCCAUGCAGUCCGUCCACGGCCAGCCCCAGCAGCAACAACAGCACUACAACCACCAGCAGCAGUUCCCGCCCGCGCAGUCGACUGCCUACGCCGCUCAAUUGCCAUCGCAGCAGGACCAGCAGCCGCAGCAGCGCCGGGCGUCGCAGCUCUACCACCAGCCCGUGCCCAACCCCGACUGGGCGCCGUCGAACGUGGCGGGCUUCGACGCCGGCGCCGCGGCCUAUCCGUCGGGCGGCUACAUCGCCAGCCUCAUGGGCCAGCUGCCGAUGCGCGUCGACUCGCAGGUGGCGCUCGGCUCGGCGCGCUCGUCGGCCUCCUAUGCCUCCUCCUCCUCCUCCUCCGUCGGCUCGUCGGGCUACGACUCGUCCGACGGCCUGCUGCAGGGCAAGCGCAUGCGCGGCGACGACGGCAGCCGCAUCCGCAUGAGCAACGCAGUCAACCAAGCCCUGGGUGAUAGCGACGACUCGUCGGAGGGCGAGAACGACUUCUACCAGCACCCGGAGGCCGUCGAGGCGCGGCCGGGCGGGGUGUCGGUCCGCACGGGCGUGCACGUGAAGGGCCUGGCCUUCCUCCACUACUCCGACCUGCGGCUCAAGACCUCCGUCGAGGACGUCGUCGACGCCAUCCAGACCCUCUCCCAGCUCGAGGGCAAGCGCUACACCUGGCGCAAGGACGUCGCCGGUUCGCCGAUCAAUGGCGCCUCGGCGCAGGUGAGCGAGAUCGACCGGGAGAUUGCGUACCUGCAGAAGUACGUCGACCUCGACGCCGACGGGUCGGACCAGGAGCCCGACUCGCAGCCCACCGGGAUCAAGGUGCUGGGCCUCAUCGCCCAGGAAGUGCAGCGAGUGUUGCCCGAGAUUGUGCAGGAGAGCGCGGACGGCUGGCUGUCGAUCGACUACGCCGAGAUCGUGCCCAUCCUGAUCGAGGCCUUCAAGGAGCACAUGCAGGCCUACCACCGCAUGCAGGCCGGCUUCCGCGACGAGUUCGAGGCCUUCAAGGGCCAGCUCCGCGAGCGGCGCGAGAAGCUCGGAGACCUCGCCGCCCACGAGUCCGGCGAGGAGUCUGACCCCGACUCGCCGCGCGGCAAGGCCCACGGCGCCGUCGACGAUGACGACGAUCUGAGCGACGACGACACGGACGACGACGACGGUGUUGUGGAGACGGACGAGUGCGGGUUCGAGCUGGAGGAGAUCCCGGAGACGCGGCCGCUGGCCCGGCUCAACUUCCGAUCGAAGCUCGACGUCAAGGAGCUGGCCGAGCGCAUGUCGAGCCUCAUCCCGCCGCGCCCCUACAACGAGCUCCUCCACACCCUCCGCACCGACAAGCGCAAGCGGCAAGCCAAGCAAAGGUCGUAUGGGGUGGCGUUCUUCAGCGUGGGAACGUUCUUGCUGGUGGUCAACGCCCUCCUGGCGGCCUCCAUCCCCAUAUUCGUGUUCCAUCUGGGCACCGCCCAUAAGGGCACCGGCGCUCUUCUCUACGACUACUCGGUGGACACGGAGAGGAGCUACACCGUGUCCGUACUGGGCAACGUAGUCUCCGUUCAAGGCACCUCUAGUAGUAGCAGUAGCGCCAGCGUGUCGUCUUUAUCAUCAUUGCCGUCGUCGUCGCUACCAUCGACGCUAGACAAGCGAAACAGAAACAGGGCCGCGCCCUCCGGCGAAAGUCUCACCCCGGUGAAGGGCGCUUCGUCGUCUUCUUCUUCUUCUUCGACCUCCCACGCCGAGCGGGACGCGCUGCGCCCGCCGCCCACUGGCAAGCCCAACGACCAGAUCACGUGCCGCAUGCUCUCGGGCGACGGCAGCGACAACCUCAUCUUCCAGGCCGAGUUCUCCUGGAGCCUGGCCGACCCUCGUGGCGGGUAUUUGAGCGUGAACUAUAUUGUGGAGAUCCUGCACAUCAUCGAGUACGAGGAGACGGACGGGCUCGCGGGCUACCAGCGCGGCGAGGAGCUGUUCAUCUUCGGCAACAGCACCGGCAAGGAGGCCGUGUGGGACUCCUGGAAUGUCUUGAACCGCACGCAGAACGACACGAAGAUCCAGAACUGGCACGCGUACACGACGGACAGCAUCUUCUUUGUCCAUGGCAGCGUGAGCGAGCGCAAGGUCAUCGACCAGCGAUUCGGCCACAACCUCACCUCCAAUUCCAUCCGCGUCGACCUCAUCAUCACCGACUUCCCGUUCACCAGACCGAACACGACGCUGGCGCUGGUGAUGCGCGUGCGCAGCAAGGACCCGAUGGUGCUGGUCACCGCGCCGGUGCCCACGUCCGAAUCCGGGGUCCACAUCACCCAGAUCGGCGGCGACGGCAAAGAAGGCAACGACGGCGGCAAUACCAAGGGCGACCCCGACAUCGACGUCGGCGACGAUGACGUUAUGGAC